UAGACUCUCAUGGCGGCCUCCAAUGCGAGACUUCUCCGUCGCAUAUUAAAAGGUUUCACUGGGCCUGCCAGGUUCUAUCGAAAUUACUACCUUUGCCGCCCGCCUGAACGCCGACCAUUUAAGGUCUUCCGGCCCGUUGGAGAUCGCACUUCGUGCUCGUGCGAAUUCUCUCCAAACGGAAGCCUCUUCUCGGUCAUCCCCUCCGCCGUCGUAGGCUUCCGAUGGUUUUCGACUUUGUCAGAGCCUCUCACAGGAGAAGACUCUUUCGAGAGGAUUUACGUUCUGGAUGCCAAAGUGGACGCACCGGUCGCCGAUGCCUCUGCGGCGGAUGUGGAUGGAGACUGCGAUGUACCUUUGUCGAAGGCGAAGGCGCCGGUGGUCAGGGAAUUAAUAGAGUCAGAGAGAGAAGCGUGGAGCUUGUUGAAAAGGGCGGUGGUAAACUACAGCGGUAGCCCGGUUGGGACGGUGGCUGCCAACGAUCCCACGGAGGUGGCGCUCAAUUACGAUCAGGUUUUCAUUCGCGAUUUUGUUCCGUCUGCGAUUGCCUUCCUUUUCAAGGGAGAUUCUGAGAUUGUCCGGAAUUUUCUUCUUCACACGCUGCAGCUUCAGAGCUGGGAAAAGACUGUGGACUGCUAUAGUCCUGGGCAAGGGUUGAUGCCAGCUAGUUUUAAGGUUCGGACGGUUCCCUUGGAUGGAAGCAAUGAAGCAUUUGAGGAAAUUUUGGACCCUGAUUUUGGCGAGUCAGCUAUUGGACGUGUAGCUCCCGUUGAUUCUGGUUUAUGGUGGAUAAUUUUGCUGAGAGCCUAUGGAAAGAUCACGGGGGAUUAUGCUUUGCAGGAGAGAGUGGAUGUACAACUUGGAAUUAGAUUAAUAUUAAAUUUAUGUUUGACAGAUGGGUUUGACAUGUUUCCAUCUCUUCUAGUAACAGAUGGCUCUUGCAUGAUAGAUCGUCGCAUGGGCAUCCAUGGUCACCCGCUUGAGAUCCAAGCUUUAUUCUACUCAGCUUUGCGGUGUGCUCGAGAAAUGAUUUCCAUCAAUGAUGGAUCCAAGAAUCUUGUGCAUGCUAUUAAUAACAGGCUUAGUGCACUGUCUUUCCAUAUAAGGGAGUAUUAUUGGGUUGACAUGAAAAAGAUAAAUGAGAUAUACCGUUACAAGACGGAGGAAUAUUCAUAUGAUGCUAUUAAUAAGUUUAAUAUCUACCCUGAUCAAAUUCCUUCUUGGUUGGUUGAUUGGAUCCCUGAAAGAGGAGGUUACCUCAUUGGCAAUCUUCAGCCUGCACACAUGGAUUUCAGGUUUUUCUCCCUUGGAAAUCUUUGGGCCAUAGUUUCUUCUCUUGCUACCCCAAAACAGGCAGAGGGCAUUCUCAAUCUAUUUGAAGACAAAUGGGAUGAUCUUAUGGCAAAUAUGCCUCUUAAGAUAUGCUAUCCUGCCUUAGAAUUUGAGGAAUGGCGUAUAAUAACUGGCAGUGACCCAAAGAACACACCUUGGUCAUAUCAUAAUGGAGGAUCUUGGCCUACACUACUUUGGCAGUUUACAUUGGCUUGCAUUAAAAUUGGGAGACCAGAGUUAGCUGAGAGGGCUGUGACGCUUGCUGAAAAAAGGAUAUCAAAUGAUAAAUGGCCAGAAUACUACGAUACCCGCACUGGUAGAUUUAUCGGUAAACAAGCAAGGCUGUAUCAGACAUGGACUAUAGCUGGAUACCUUACGUCGAAGAUGCUUUUGGAUAACCCCAACAUGGCAGCUAUCUUGACCUGUGAUGAGGAUCUGGAGCUUCUAGAAUUCUGUAUCUGUGGGCGCAGAAAAAGUUCUCGAACGAAAUGCUCACGGCUUGCUGCAAGAUCUCAGGUCCUUGUAUAAUCAGUCUCCCCUCCCUAUGAAAUUUCAUAAAAAGCUCUCAUUAAGGCUUACGGCUUUAUUUUUGCUUCUUAAAGCAGCUUUCUAGUACUAUUUUUUUUUUAUAUUAAAAAGCUGUUUUAAAAAGCAGAAAGAAAGCCGUCCCAAAGCCUAAGAUUCUAGCCGUACAUAUCACAUGUCUGGAAAGAUUGCAAUCUUCUUUUCUUCAUGUAUAGAAUAGUCAGCUUUUGUAUCUAAGCUACUGGUUUUUGUCCCAACACCAAUUCUUUUAACACAGAUGUAACUUUCAAAUUUUUAUAUGCGUACACAGUACGUAUAUCUUAGUGCAUUAUACAAUUAUCAACUUAUCUAUAUUUUUUGAAGCACCUGCCUUCUAUUGUACAAGUAAGUUGGAACAAACACACUAGCAGUUUUGCAUGACUUAACGAA